AUGGCUGCACUAGGUACCUUUGAAAAUCCUCGUCCAUACGAUAUUUUAUGCGGAAGGAACCGCAAUUCCUUCAACAACAUUGGAAAUCGCAGGUUUCGCAUUACCAUUAAUAUGAAUGUAGAAAAGUACAAUGCCUUGCGUUCUCGCCACGAGAGAAGCAAGUUCAUUGCGUCUCUUGCUCAUACAAUGAGGUAUGAAGUAGGCUUUCGUUUUCUCAAGAAGAAAAGCGGGAAGAAUUCAGAGACAAUAGACCUCAGUGACGAUGAGGUGCGCGCGAAGAUCGGUCACGCUCUUCGGGAUCUCUCCACCGUCUUACGUGAAAACGGUGAAGAUGAAGGCAGCCCUGAUUCCAGAGUUCCAAGGCCAGGACCCUACAAGAAACAAGACAAGAAGUUGCAGAGUGUUCGCUCCUCUGCAUCUCUGGAGACAGUUCCUUCUGCGAACAUUGUCAAUGACGAGGAUGCGAACACAUCAGUCUCCCCGACCCCCAUACCCGUCUCCUCGUUUUCUACAGACAAGACAGCCUCCAUGUCCACCAUGGGACAACAAGAAGCUGCAGACUCCAAAAAGUCUGCGUUACCGGAGCAAGUUCGCUCUUUGAGUCCUCCAGUGGAUCAAAUGGCCCAGGUGUCUCCUUAUGAUGAGGAUGCUACUCCUUUGAAAUCGAAUCAACUCAAGAGUAUCAGGAAGUUCUUUGGUGGAAAUGACGAAGAGAACCUGAAGCUGUUCCCAUUGGAGGUCGGAGAAGCUUGUGAAAGCCUUCUUGGCCCUCCUGCGGAGAGCAUCUUGCCUCCGCUCGAUGAUGAUGAUGAAUUGGAUGAAUUUUGGACACACUCCGAACUAGAAAAUGAACGAUCAGGUCAGGACCGCUCAGGUCGGAGCCAAAGGACGAACAUGUCCAUUGGAACCUUUGAGCUACAAAAUGAACGAUCCGGCCGGAGCCAAAGAACGAACAUGUCCGUUGGUACCUUUGAUAUGAGUCUGAACUCGUCUUGCUGCCUAUCAGAAGGCCUUGAAACACUUUCUUUGGUCAGCACGUGA